AUGCGCCCCAAGAAGGGGUACAUCACUCUGGGACUGAGCCACAGAGGCAACAUCUCGAAGCCCCCGACUCCGGAGGCUCGCAAAGCCAACCACCUUCACGGAGAGGCGGUGAAGAAGAAGAAGGACGCGACGAAGGAGGCUGCCACCAGGAAGAGGGAGAGGAAGGAGGAGCACGAGAAGGUGUGCAAAAUUGCACGGAUGGAGGGUUCCCCGUGGCCGCCCAUGCCCGAGUCCACCGAGGAGAAGGACUCCUCGUCCUGCGGGGUCGAUUUCUCGGAGCCUGAUGACUUUGAGGUGGUGAAAAGCGCAAGUCCCCCGCCGGCCCAUCGAGGGGCUGGCGGCGAGGGCUCGCUGAUGGCGCUGGGCGAGGCGAGGCGAUGGCAAGGGGAGCGAAGGUCGCCCACGCCAACGAUGGGCCAGAGGUCGCCCGUGCCGGCAGCGGGUAGGAGGUCGCCCACGCCCGCGACGGGGCAGAGGUUGCCUGUGCCGGCAGUGGGUAGGAGGUUGCCCACGCCCGCGACGGGGCAGAGGUUGCCUUCGCCGGCGACGGGUAGGCAGACACCUGCGCCCGCGGCGUCUUCUGGUGGCGGGGGGGGGGGGGGGGUCCCGAGGCUUCAGUCCAAUCCGAGGGCGACGCCCUCGGGUCAGUCGUCGGGAGGUGUUAGCGUGCCGCGGUCCCGGAGGAGCGGCACGGGCAAACGCAGCAUGGGCUGCUUGUCAGAGAACACAACCAAGCGUCCGGCCCAGCUCGCGCCGACCAAGGCCCUUAAGACCGGGGCGCAUGCGACGCCGCAUUUGGCACCACGACCCACGAGCGGAGGGGAUCAGGCCCUCGAGGCGGUGGUCGCGAUGCCGCGGAGGAGGCCAGCCGGGGUGGUGCGCCGCGCCGCCCGGUUGGAUGUCGAAGCCGACGAGGGCGGAGCAGGCAGCGCCGCCCAGCCGGAAGCUGGAGGAGAAGCUGGUGAGGAGGCGCAGGAGCACACCGCCGGCCAAAGAGAGGGAGAGACCCUUGCCCCCUCGCCCCCGAGGGCUGUGGUUGAGGGGGCCACGAAUGUGGAAUCAGCGCCAAGGGCGCCGGCGGUCGAAGAGACUCGCGUCCCAGAGCCCACAAGGGCCGGGGACGAGGAUGCUGCUGAAGCGGCGACGACGCAAACGGCGCCGUCGAACACGGCGCCGGUGGUGGAGCUGCCGCUGAGCAGCGAUGAGUACGGGGAUUCGAGGGACAUCGAUCCAGCUACUGCGACCAGCUCCACCAACCGGAUCUUCGAGUUCAUCUCGGCCUCCGAGGAGAUCCUCGGCGCGGGGACGUCCGAGGGGCCCGGUCAUGGGGCCAACUAUGCGAUCGUUCAGUCCGAGGUCCCCUCGAGAAUUCUUCGUAACAAGCAGGAGGAGGAGGAGGCCUGGAAGGCGCAGUAUGAUGUCGGCACUCAGAUCCAGGACGCCCUCAGCCGCGCCUUCCAGCUCCAUCAAAAGAUGGAUUUCCUUAUCAGCAAGUGGCUGAGGGAAAUCUUGCAUAACAAAAGCGCUGAGCUGGCCCGGUUGUACUCCCAGCGUGCGCUAGAGGAGGAGCUGGCGCAGACCGCCAACGAGCGCGACGUCCAGAUGGCUACGGUAGAGCGGAAGGCCCGGGAGGUCGAGGCGCAGGCUGCCGAGCUACAGCGGAAGGAGGCCGAGCUCCAAGGCAAGGAGGCCGAGCUUCAACGCAAGAAGGCGACCGUCGCCACGCUCUCCGCGACCCUCACUGAGAGGGAUGCCACCCUUGCGAAGCAAGAGGCGGCUGCUCGGAGUGCAGAGGCUGCGGUCAAGGAGAAGGAGGCCUUCUUGUCCACACUCCAGGAGCAGGCGAACACCGUGCUGGCUCGGCUGGAGAAGGCACAAGGGGACAUCACAGAGCUGAGGAAAGCGGUGGCGGACGAGACCGCGGCGAAGGAGGCUAUCCAAGGCGUGCUCACAGCGGCACAAGAUGAGUACGCAGACCUGGAGCAGGCUGUCGUGGCCGUGUGCAAGGAACUCGAGGGGGAGGGGGCCUUAUUUUUUCGGUGA